GUAUGGAGGAUAAACAGUGAUAUGACAGACGUCUCUGGAAAAUAAGUCGUUUCUGAAGAGAAAUUCUACGCUGGUUACAACACUUAAUCUGAAAGUGCUCAAUAAACGGGUAAACAGCAUAGGCCGGGAGUUUACGAACGUGUUGUUCUACCUUGCUUUGGCCGGCAUUUGUUCACGGAAUCAGCUAGAACUUAAUACUUCGGUUCGGACCUGUUUCAACAAAUGUAGUUAUGAAUAACACAGGAAAGGAAGAAGCUUAACAAUUAUUCAAGAUACGUCAGCGCCAAAUAUUGUCUAACUUCCAAUUAUACUGCCGACAAUGACAGAUAUAACACGACUUUCCGCCUUACGUCCCAUAUUGCAAUGUUCUCGAUGUAAUGGAGAAGUAUGGAGCAAGCAUAUGUGUAUAAAGUCUGAGUUGCAAGGGCCUGCCUCUUUAGACACCGCGCCGACCAGCAUGGCAGCAGGUAGUGUGCAUUCGAUGACUGAGAUGUUAGAGCAGUUGAAGGAGGCACAGCAGGUCGCGUUUGAUAGCGCAAAACAGGGCACGAUUUACGAAAACAACGGACGAGUCGGCGAGGCAUUGCACAUGUAUUACAAUGCAAUGCGGCAUCUAAAUAUAGGCCUAUCGGUCUGGCCGUGCCGAAGUUCAGUUCACGGCGCUAAGUGGGAUGAGGCAGUGAAAAUUCGAAACGAGCUCGCCCAUAUCAAAGAAGAUGUUCGAUCUCGAAUAAACUUCCUCGUGGGCGAUAGGAGCUCUGAAAAGGCAUCUCAGUUUAAAUACGAGGAUCCUACCUCUCGCACACGACUUGUGUCCAACACGCCACCUCCCUACGGUGAGGAAGCUACUGUACACAACAACCGAAGUUCUAUGCUCCGAAAUAAUGGCGACGCUUGUAGCAAGGAAGUACUUCAGGAUGCGCCAAGCCCUACCCCGUCGGCUCCUCCGGACAGCAUGAUGAUACAGACGUCAGCGAGACAGCUAGUCCACAUCCCUGGUGGAGUUCAAGUGUUUCACACUACUAGCUCGGGGGAGGUGUCCGUGCAAAGUGACCCCACUGAACUUUUCGUAUUCACAAGGAAUCCCGCUUAUUGUCCCAUAUCGGCACAAACUGUCAGUUGGCUACAAGUUGGAGAAUUUACAUAUUCACUUGUGCCUGGCAAAUCACCAGUGCUUAAAACCGGAUUUGGCGCUUACAUGUUUCCAGACGUAUCUCUUUAUGGUGGCCAGUCCUCAAGUGUAGCCUUGGUGUUUUCUGCAAACGUUACUGAUGAAUUACGAGCUCUGUUUGAUAAAACAUUAAACGACUACGCUUGUUUUCAAGAAGAUCCUAAAAUUCAAGUGCCGGAGGAGCCCUCAUUCGGUCAGAAGGUGUCGGAUGGAAUUAUAGCAACAUCGGAACUGAUUAACCGAGGGCUCAUCCGAGGAGCGCAGGCUACUUCGGUUGCGCUUAGUUAUGGCGCGGACAAACUACGCCAACAUAUGACACCUGAGCAACGUGCACUGGCUGUCGACCCAAGGGUCCAGACCGGGCUGAAAGUUGCCCGAGCAACAUCUCACGUUACCUGCAAAGUUACCGGAUUCGUAGUUUCUGCAGUUGGCGACAUGACGUGUGCCUUGGGUAAGCGCAUUGCGAGGACUCUUGCUCCCACCGAAGUCGUAGACGGGGUGGCUUCGAACGGGACGUUGAACGACGCUCUUCUAAUCGCUGGCGGCGGCGUAGCUGGGUUCGGCACUGUCUUUAUGGGCCUCGAAAACGCUGCUAGGGUGCUCGCUAAGAGUAUUACAGAAAAUACUGUCACUCUCGUGCAUCACAAAUAUGGCGAAGACGCUGGCGAGGUUAUUGGCGAUGCCAUGUAUAGCAUAGGAAACUUCGCCUUAACGGUUAAUAAUGUGGCCAACUUGGGUGUGCGCGGUAUAGCCAAGCGAACCGCAAAAGAAGCAGGGAAGGCUAUGCUGCAGGAAUACGCUCGAACUGGACAGUCGCAACAGCCGGAAGACUUUUACACGGUAGAGUCUCCAGAUAGUUAUGCUUCCGAACAAAGUGCAUCUAAAUCAGAACAUUUAACAGGCAGCGAGACAAGCAAACGAAGCUAAGCUUUUUCCGAGUUCGUUGCCAAUAUGUUAUGGAUAUAUGGAUGGAAAAAAGCUUUAUGCCCUUUGCAUUGUAUGCAAACAUAUAUCCGAAAAAAAGCUUUCAUAAGUUGUGGGAAUCAGCAUUUAAACACGAGAAUUGCAUUAAUCGCAGUCUACAAGUUGUUGACUCAGGUUUGCUAUUCUACUGUCAUACACGUAACAAUUAGACGAGGUCCGUCAUUUGAGGGCCAGGUUUUGCAUAUCUGCUAGUUGGUGUAGUCUCUAUUUGUACAAGAUACCGGUCUCUUCAGAAGAUCUGUUAAAGCGCGAAAGCGUUAUGAUGAAACCUGAUGGCCGAACGUUCGUUUUGUCUUUGUCCUCUAUAUAAGACAUGUUACAGCGUAUGGACAGUCCUAUCUAGGUCAUUCUACUGUCGACAAACUGGUCCGUUCGGGACAACAUUGUAGCUACUAUGUAGUACAAAAGUGUGAAUGCCUUAAUAGUAAUAGUAAUGCAAAAUAGUAAUAGUUACUGACAACGUGCGGUUACCGUGGUACAACUAUCACUGUCACGGCGAAUGUUAUUAGAUGAUAUUCAGAAUGUAAUUCUCGGAAAAUCGUACGAAAGUUUGAAGUACAGAAGGGAGUAGACGUCGCUUCCACUGCUAAAUAUGUUCUCUACAUACUUAUAGAGCGUUCUUUGAGUUCUCGAAGGCGCAAUGUAUUUAGGAAGUUACGGGAUAGGAAUAAAUAUUAAAUCGUUAUGUAUUAUGUCUGAGUGUAUUAAAUUUAUUGUUUUAGUAAGCAUUGAAGGAUAACUUACCAGCAGAACAAAUACACAUAGUGGUAAUCCAAAAGGUGGAAAAGUAAUCUUUGUCACGGGUGUAUGAUAAGAUCUGUUUCUGAGCGUGCCAAAUUGAAUGAAUAAUCUUAACAAAAGUAGAAACCACUGAGCAUUGAUGUGUGCCGUACCCCCAGACGGUGGGUAUCGAGGUGUUGAGGUGACUUAUAGUGAGGUGGUUUAUAAGUAGUGUCCUUCGGCUAACCAGUUUUCUAGGUUAUGUACGUUCUCCUAGUGGAGUGGAACUUUUUAAACUUCCUAUUUUAUACAAUAUAUAUACAAUAUUAUAUAAGAUUCUGAUUAAGAUUUAUUAAAAUGGUAAUGAUCUCUAGAAAGUUUUCAUUCUAGCUGCAUACGUAGCAUGACACUUAACAUUAUUCGAAAAUUCUGCACGUUUAUUUUGUUCAUGGUCUAUUAAAAGUUAUCUAAACUUAUGAAGACUGAGAGUCUAAGACCACUAGAGAAGCCGGUAGACCACUAGACGGGAGCCACUAGAGAAGCCUAAGGCUUCGGUCUUUCGCUCAUUUCACUAAUAAAUUCAACAAAUUUAAUGCCACCUUGAUGUGUUACAGUCAUGUGAUCGGUGGCCACUGCGAUUUUUUUUUUAGAGAAGUUUCGUCUACUCUGAAUAGCCAUGCACAUGCGUGCCUGUACAGUAAAGUUUGAUCUACUAAAUACACCCUAAUAUAUCGUACAGAAGACUCCACGGCCAUAUCUACGAAAAUAGCAGAUCAGAAUUGGAUUGCUUAGAUCUGCAUAAUGAGCUGAAAAAAACUGGACUCGGGGUGUUGUGAGGCAGAGGCUUAUAUAAUUGUCAUGCAUCCUUUUGCGUUGUGGCAUGUGGCUGAGAAAACGUUUUUGUCUUUUUUAUUAGAAAUUGACUGUGCAGCAUGUUCAUGUUUAAUCAUUGUAAAGAAAACGUUUAGAGCGCCACAGUAUUAUUUAAUGUACAUUUAGAAUACAGUAUUAACACGCAUGGAAUAAUACUCUGAUGCUGCUUGGUGUAUGCGACAUGAUUAAUUUCAUGCUAUAAAAGAAAAAGCAGCUAAAACUUUGCAUUAUAGUAUGAUCCUCCUAACAACAGGGAACGUAGAGAUAUAAUAACUUUUGAAUUGAAACAUAAAAUUAUCUCUUUUGUCUACGUUAGUUUACUUUAUCAGCAGUACAUAAUCGUGUAGGAAGUAAAAACACUUUUAAUUGUUAUCUGUAUGAGAAUGCCUUCGAUAAUUAUUUAAUAAUUGUUUGCUGGCUAAAAAGCACGGCAAAUAGGUUUCCAAAGGUAAAUAUGAUGCUUUGUUACAAAAGCAUAUUAAUUUAAUUUUAGCCAAUCCGUAAAUGAUUUAUAUGCUAAUAAAAGCAAAUAAAGGAUCGUUUUGAUAUAUCUCGA